CCGAGAGGGGCAUCUUCACCAGACAAGUCUCCCGGCAGAUGUUACCCAGACAAGCUUCCCCAAGCUUUGCCCCCAAAAGCUUGGUGGAUCUGGGGUUCGCUUCUCCAGGUUCCAGUGCUCGUUGGAGCUUCUUGCUCCAAACAACCACGGAAUAACGGUCAGCGAAGCGCUCAUAUGGCGGAGAAAUUACUCGCGUCAUUCAUCAGCCUUCCCCGCAGAGAAACCUACCUUAAGGCAGCCGAGGUGAUGCGGGUUGGGGGAUUAAAUACCCCUCAACCUUGCAUCGCGAAGCCAAGAUGAUGGGUGCAAUCAAGCUUCUGCCCAAGACCUUGGCACCGCCACAAUGAAGUCGCUUGCGUUCCUCCUUUCCGUUACCGCCUCCUUGGCCUCGGCAACUGCCAUUGCCCUAGGGAGUGAUGCUUCGAGUGUCUUCGUCCCGGAAGGCGCCUCGAUAUCCCUUCCCCGCGCGCUGACGUCCAACAGCCAUCACAAGCAGAAGGACAACUGGGGUAACGCUGUGGAACAAGACCGGAAGAAGGUCACCAUACGCGCAUCCAAGCACGACCGUGACGACAUCAGCGACGACUUCUUGUGGGCCCUCAAAAAGGCAAAUCAUGGCGGCCUUGUGUACUUGGAAACGGGGAAGAAAUAUGUCAUUGGCAAGAAGCUGGACUUGACCUUCUUGAAGGAUGUGUACGUGAAGAUUGAUGGCGAGCUGAAGUUCACCAACGACAUUGAAUACUGGCAAGACAACAACUUUUACUACCCAUUCCAGAAGAGUAUCACAUUCUGGGUCUGGGGUGGAAAGGACAUCAAGAUCUACGGCUCCGGGGUCAUCAAUGGCAACGGCCAAGCUUGGUGGGAUGGCUUCUCGGGCGCUGAGAUUCUCGACCCCAACAACAAAUACUACCGGCCUAUCCUCUUCCUUACCGACAAUGCCACCAACGUCGAGGUGAACGGGCUGCACCUCAAGGACUCGCCAUGCUGGACCAACUUCUUUGUCCGGACCAACAACGUGGUUUUCGACAACGUCUACAUCUCGGCCGUUUCCACAAACGCAUCAUCCCUCCCCAAGAACACCGACGGCUUCGAUUCGCUCAACGUCGACGGCCUGACCGUCCUCAACACGCGCGUCAACGUGGGCGACGACUGCUUCUCCCCGAAGCCCAACACGACCAACAUCCUGGUGCGCAACCUCUGGUGCAACGGCACACACGGCGUGAGCAUGGGCAGCAUCGGGCAGUACCCCGGAGUGAUGGACUUCAUCUCGAACGCGUUGCUCGAGAACAUCACGCUCGUCAACGGCGAGAACGGGGCGCGGCUCAAGGCGUGGGCCGGGCCCAAUGUCGGGUACGGCUACAUGCGCAACAUCACGUACAAGGACAUCCGGGUCGAGAACACCGACAACCCCAUCGUGCUGGACCAGUGUUACUUCAACAUCAACGCAUCGACUUGCGCGGCGUACCCGAGCCGGGUCAACAUCACCGACGUCAAGUUCCUCAACGUCCGCGGGAGCAGCAGCGGCAAAGAGGGCAGGGUGGUGGCGGACCUGACGUGCAGUCCCGGUGCGACGUGCAGCGGGAUCCACUUGGAGAACAUCAACAUCACCAGUCCGAAGGGGGAGCCGCAGAUUGUGUGCGACAAUAUUCAGGGGGACGUGGGAGUGGACUGUAUCCCCGCGAGCGAGGCAGACUUCUAGAGUCGCGGAAAGACGGUGAUAGCCAUGUAGGAACAUUUAGGAAGUGGAUAGAGGUGAUGAUUCUGGCAUUUGCUUCUCUGCGCGCUCUCCGACUGCUCCUGAUUCAAUCAGCUGCCUUCAGACUCUGAAGAGUAGACCGGCUGCCACGUCGAUACUCAAGCGGAAGAGACAGGAUCGGGCGAACAUAGAAUAAAUAAUGAUAAAGCUGUAAACCGAGCC